AGCCAUUUCAUUAUGUGCGAUGCAUGCAACAGCCGUUUAAUUUUCUUGAACACCCAACAGCCGUUUGCUAACGAUCGUCAAAAUAGAACACAUGCAAGAGUGGUGCAAUUAUGCCAAAAAACAACUCAACAUUAGACGAAUGUUUUUACUUAAGUUACGAGCUGUAUCAAGUUGUGCAUUCCAGACCAGCUUCGGAAGACCUUUGUGCUGUUGGAGAAAUGUGAAUUUUAACAUUACUACAUUGGGGAGUGUGAGAAUACCUGGUGCCAAAUUUGAAGCACGUCUUACACAUUUUGACUGCACAUUGUUGCCGCAACACCGGCCGUGGUCGUCGUCUGCAGCAGGCACUGUCGCCCGUCUUGCUGAGCCUGCGUACCCACGACUUUCAAACAGAACUUCGGGAACUUUUCACCAAACCCGUCACCCUUUUAUUAGUUCUACAGCCGCCUCUGACUUUCUUGCCUCUCCAUUAGGGAAGAUGGCCGAAGUACAGAGACAGUCCUUCCGUAAAAAGCACAAUAAGCGACAGCGUAACCUGACUGGGAAUAGUGAGCAAGGAGGAGGGUUGAAACUGGACCGAAAUGGGAACGUCUCCGUCCAAGUGAUUGGCAGUGGCACUGCUGAUUGUCCACCCUCUGUACUGGUCAUAGCAGCUUCUGUCAGAUUUCUUUUCAACUGUGGUGAAGGAACACAGAGACUCAUGUUUGAAAACAGAGUGAAGAACAUGUCCAGACUGGAGCAUAUUUUCUUCACCAGAAUGACUUGGGAAAACCUUGGAGGAUCAAUUGGGAUGAUGAUUACAUUGAAGAAUGUUGGAUUGCCCAAGCUGUCAUUGUACGGACCUCCACAGUUGGAAGAAUUCAGCAAAGCUCUUCAGAUAUUCGCUAAGCAUGAGACAAUCAAAAUGGAUGUGAAACCGUACACUGAUGGCUCCUUCUUGAAUGAAAUCAUGGCCGUCACACCGAUAGCCAUACACAGUAACAGUCAGAAGGGUCACAUCAGCCCACCAAGCAGUCCCUCGACAAGUCACCAGGCAGACUCCCCUUCGGCUGAAGGCUUAUCUGGGAGUGAUGAGGAAGGUCUGGAGGAGGAAGAGGAGGGUUCUGGAAACAAGAGGAAAGCCAAGGAUCCAUUUGACAUCAUCUCAAAGAUGGCCGUUCAGCAGCAAGGUGCAAAGAGGAGAAAGAUGGAGCUUGAAGAUUUGACCAUUGCCUACGUAUGCAAGCUACAUGACACACCUGGGCGUAUCAUUGUGAAGAAGGCACUAGACCUCGGACUUAGACCUGGUCCAGCGUACAGUAUUCUCAAGGGUGGUAAAUCUGUGACAACUGAUGACGGAGUCGAGAUCAAACCUGAGGAUGUUAUGGACCCAGGUACACCUGGAAUCACCUUCAUAGUUUUAGAGUGUCCGUCAGAGGAGUUUGUGGAAUCUGUAACUAAGAAUGAAGGCCUUGCAAGACACCAAGCUGAUGCCAGUGACAGCGCAGUCUCUCUGGUGAUUCACAUGUGCCCGGAAACCGUCCUGAAUGACAACAGAUAUCAAAGCUGGAUGUGCAGGUUUGGUCCAGCCACAGAACACAUUGUCCUCAAUAGCACUUGCCGGACAGUAACACACGAGAGCUGCAGACGGCUUCAAGCCAAACUCAACCUCGUCCACCCUGGCAUCUUCCCCCUCCUUCCUGUUCAUGAAGCCAGCAGCUCUACACAAGCAAUAGGUGAUAACAGCAGUCCAAUUAUGAAAGAUGCAAAGGUUUGCAAGGCAGAGAGUUACAUGAGAUACCACCUUAGACCUCAUACAGGCUGGGAUAGGGAGUUCAUCCAAUCACCAAGCAAUGAACCGUUCAUCCAGGAAGCGAUGGCUGUGCCAGGCUUCAAAGACACCCAGGAGGAGCUUGUUAAUCAACUUGAGCAGCGACCAUCGGUGGAGACUGCAAAAUACCCGGAAUUAGUCUUCUUUGGCACUGGGUCGGCAAUGCCAAACAAGGAACGCAAUGUCACUGGUAUCCUACUGAACGUCAGUCAAAAGCAAUCCAUGAUAUUGGACUGUGGUGAAGGAACGUUUGGUCAACUUCAGCGUUUCUAUGGCGACCGAACAGAUAAUGUUUUGGCUAAUUUGCAGAGUAUUUUUGUUUCGCAUAUUCAUGCAGAUCACCAUGGGGGCCUUAUGCAAAUUCUUCGGGAGUGGAGAAGGGUGAAGAUGGAAAGAGGAGACAUUAAUAGAGAUCUGAUCCUGGUUGGACCAAAGCGAAUGUUAAUAUGGCUGAAUAAUUAUCACACCUCCUGCGAGUCCUUUAUUCAACAGAUGAGGUUUGUGGAGCUUCAAUCACUGUCUGGUAAAUUGGAGGAUUCAUCCAGGCAUGAACAAUCCCUACUAGCGAGACUUGAUUUGACAGAGUACAAGACAGUUCCAGUACCCCACUGUUUCAACAGCCACGGUUUAGUGAUCAAACACAAAGACGGCUGGAAGCUAGUCUACUCCGGUGACUGCAUGCCCAGUCACAACCUUAUCCAUGCAGGUAAAGAUGCGGAUGUUUUAAUACAUGAAGCUACAUUAGAAGAUGGUCUGGAUGCUGAGGCAGUUAAGAAACGCCACAGUAUGAUUUCUCAAGCGAUCGAUGUUGGACAGAAGAUGGAUGCCAAAUUUAUCCUUCUGACCCACUUCAGCCAACGCUAUCCAAAGAUCCCAUUCUUCAAUGAGGAGUUCAGUCACAGAGUGGGUUUGGCAUUUGACAACAUGAGGGUAUCAUUCUCCGAGCUCGACCAGUUGCCCCUCUGCCUGCCCGCCUUGAAGAAGCUCUUCACUGAGUACAUUCAGGAGAUGCAGGGAAACAGGAAUAAAAGGGUUGAGAAGGAGACCGUCCUCAACCUUGAGAGCCUUCUCAAGGGAGGGAAGGUCAUCGUCUCUGAAACAGAUUCAAAUGAGAAACAAGAGAAUGCAAAAGGUCAGAGCCUGCACAUUGUCCCAGAAACAGAUUCAACGACAAAUGAGGAGCAAGAGAAUGCGGAAGGUCAGACAAAGUCGGUUAGCUGAUAUGACCUCCAUGGGAAGGUCAGAAUCAAAGAGGAUAACUAGACAGCAAACCCAUAAGGGUCAGUUAUCUAAACAAGGUAUAGUUAUCUAAGAUUAGAUAUGACCUCUAAGGGGAGGCUUUUUGGUGGAGACAAAUCUGGCUGGGAACUAAAGUGAAGAUUACCAAGACUGCUUUGGUUAAUCUGAUAUGACCUCCAUGGAAAGGUCAGAAUCAAAGGGGAUGACUGGACAGCAAACACUUCAGGUCAGUUAUCUUAGAUAAGGUAUGACCUCUAGGGAAGGUCUUUACGGUGGAGACAAGCCCAGCUGGGAAUAAAAGUGAAGAUUACCGAUACUGCUUCGGUUUAGAUGGUAUGGAAAGGUCAGCAUCAAAGAGAAUGACCUCUAAACCAUUUUAAGGUUAAUGAUGUGAAUACAACUGGAAAUUGAACCCUAA